AUGGAAAGCAAGAUUGUUUUCCUGUUCUUCCUCGGAGCACUGGUCGGUGCGACCUGGGGGCAACCAGGUCCCGACGAAACCUUUCUGAUUACGUCCGUAAACAAGGAGAGCUUGCUGAAAACAUUGCUACAACAAGAAGCAACGUCGACAAACUUUGGCCAUCAAGGAUCAACACGCAGCGAUGCCGAUGGUUACCACUACGAUCGGCCAAAGGAUCCACUGUGCCUCGCAGGCCAUGGGCCGCACUGCCAGCAAACGCAACCCGACCACGGAUAUCUGCCACCGUGUGGUAACGGGGGUCACGGGCCCCAAUGCGGACAUGUGACAAUCCCCGCACUACCGGAAGUGCCGCACCCACCGGCAUUUGUGCACCCUAUACAUCCUGUAGGCAACCCUGUCGUCCAGGUUCAAACGUUCGUCUUCGGGGCCUGCACGAACGGUGGCGCAGGACCUUACUGCUGUACGAAUGGAGCGAAUCGUCCUGACUGUACCUUCCCGGCGCCUCCAGUAAUUCAUGCUCCACCACAACCACCACCGACGCGACCACCUCCGCCGCCGCCAACUACUACUCGUCCUAGACCGCCGCCAACUACUACUCGUCCCAAGCCUCCACCAACUACUACUCGUCCUAGACCGCCGCCAACAACUACCAGGCCACGUCCACCGCCAACUACUACUCGUCCUAAGCCUCCACCAACUACUACUCGUCCUAGACCACCACCAACAACUACUCGUCCUAAGCCUCCACCAACUACUACUCGUCCUAGACCACCACCAACAACUACUCGUCCUAAGCCUCCACCAACUACUACUCGUCCUAGACCACCACCAACAACUACUCGUCCUAAGCCUCCACCAACUACUACUCGUCCUAGACCGCCACCAACUACUACUCGUCCUAAGCCUCCACCAACUACUACUCGUCCAAGACCACCGCCAACUACUACUCGUCCCAAGCCUCCACCAACUACUACUCGUCCUAGACCACCACCAACAACUACUCGUCCUAGACCACCACCAACAACUACUCGUCCUAGACCACCACCAACAACUACUCGUCCUAAGCCUCCACCAACUACUACUCGUCCUAGACCACCACCAACAACUACUCGUCCUAAGCCUCCACCAACUACUACUCGUCCAAGACCACCGCCAACUACUACUCGUCCUAGACCGCCGCCAACAACUACCAGGCCACGUCCACCGCCAACUACUACUCGUCCUAGACCUCCGCCAACUACUACCAGGCCACGUCCACCGCCAACCCAUCCAGCAGGACCAACGCAGCUCGUAUACCUUGGCUGCCCAGAAGGCGGUAUUGGCCCACAUUGCUGUACAAACGGAGGCAAUGGGCCUGGUUGCACCAUAAACAACGGACCUCAGUACGUGAUCGAGGUUCAACCAGCGAUCGAGGUCAGUCCGCCGACCCAAAUCACCUACAUCGGUGAACCGGAGUGCCCGAAUGGAGGAAUUCCGCCCUACUGCGACCAGGGUCAGCAAGUAUUAGGGCAGAUAAUCGGGCAGCAGACCGGGCAGCAGUUCGGACAGCAGUUCGGUUAUGAUGGCUAUGGUCAGCAACAAACCCAGAGGCCGAUCAACACGCCCAGCUACGGUGGAUACCGGCCGCAGUCGGCGGUGAGCAUACUGCCGAGCAGCACCGCAGGGCCCUUCUCUCGCUUCCAGGGCGAUGACGGAUUUGGUCAAUCGUCCGCGAAUGCCCAGUCAGCCCAACCUGCGCGCCCAGCACCGACACCGCAACCGCAACGGCAGCAGACCGUGGCACCACGUCCUGCGCCAACACGCCAAACCGCAGCGCCUAAGCCGCAACCGACGCGUGCGCAGGCUACUGCUGCUCCGUCCCGCGCAACACCCGCUGCCAGACCCCAGUCGCCUGCCCCGCAGCGGCAGUCAGCCGGUGCCGGUGGUUCCCAGAAGUCGCCAGGCUUCGGACAGGGCGCUCAAGGUGGCAACUUCCAGCGGCCACAGCGGCCGGACGAGCACGGAUUCUACUACAAAGAUGGCGAAAAGGCGGUAAUAUUCUAG